GUGUCUCUGAGCGCUUGUGUGUGUAUGUCUUUGUGAGUGUGUGUGUGUGUGUGCGCUUGCAUUUUUUAAACACAAAAAUGCUGCAUAACCCCUGGGUUGCUACUUACCUGAAGCAUGUCAAGUUUUUUGAGCAAGGCAUUACAGUGGACAGGCCUGCGUCCUCUCUCCUCAAGCAAAGAUCACACAGUUUUGAGAUCGACCGCCCUCCCACACAUAAGGUUGAACUAGUGAAAAGUGCCUCUGACAUCGAUGCCCACCUCCGAGCCGUCCUACCCAAGGUUUCGGAACUACGGAAGCACUUUGAAACCACAAAGUCAAGUGAAUCUGAAAUGAACAGGAAAGAGCGCAUUGCUCGGAGAUUAGAAGGAAUCGACACUGACGCCACACCUGCUCUUGUUCCCAGCAUGCAACACGUCCCUGGGCUGGUGGCCAAUCGGCUGCUGGAGGAGGACACGCCCCGCUACAUGCGGGCCUCAGACCCAUGCGACCCAGGAAUUAUGGUGCGCCGUUACCCUGGCGAUGAGCCACAGGGUUCCACUACAGAACGUCAGUCUCGUGCUCGUAACCGUGGAGACCCCGCCGGUUCCGCUCAGCAAGGCUCUAUGCAGCAGGUUCCGCCCCCAGACGCGGUCCCGGCGCUCGUGGGCAGCACCAAGGCCGAGAGGAUCGCGCGCUACAAGGCGGAACGCCGGCGCCAGCUCUCGGAACGCUACGGACUCCUCCUGGAGCAGGAGGCGGAGCCAGAACGCCACCCGCGGACGUCACGCUCACGCAGGGAGGGGAGGAGUCAAGCGCAGGAGGAGGAGGAGGCGCGUAGCCGUGGUGAUGAGCGGAGCGGCCCGCAAUACAGCCAAUCGGGCGUGGGCCGCGUCUUCAUGCCGGCCAAUCCUGACCCUACCCCAGCGGAGCCCCUCCCACCGGAGAGAGGAAGGCGGGGCUCGUUCUCUGAGCGCGAGCGUGCGCUGAACCUGGAGAACCACCACAGACGCGGAAGCCGCUCACGCCAGCCGCCCGAGGAUGCCCCCGUCCCCAUGGAGACCACGCUGGGCAGAGGGGGGGCGGUGCCCAGCUCACCGCGCACGGCUAGACGGGCAUCUCUGCCCUCCACGCGCCAGGGCAUCUCCCCUGGCGACCUGUUCAUCGAGCAGCAGGCGCACAACAUCCUCAGCAGACAGGGCUUGGCGACUCUAUCCCAAAGCGACUGGAGUCUUGUUCAAGACUCCGACAGCGACACUCACUCCCACAUCAACUGGCCCUCCAGAAUCCGGUUCAGGGAGAGGCAAGCGAGAGACGAUCGGGGAUCAGACACGGGGUCGGACCCCCCAGGCCAACGGCGACACCCCACGGUUCUCCCCACGUACCUGGCCCCCCGCUCCGAGUCGUACGGAAGCAACCAGCGCUCCCCCAGUACCGAGCGCGCCAUCCACCAGCGGCCCCAAAGCGUAGAGCGCCCCAGCUUCCAGAGAACCCCCAGCUAUGAACCCCCAAACUAUCAGCGCACAGGCAGUGCUGAACCCCCAAACUAUCAGCGCACAGGCAGUGCUGAACCUCCUAGAUACCAACACUAUCCUGCUGUUGAUAGUCCACUCUACCAACAUGCACCCAGCGCUGAGCCCCCACAUUACCAACGAACACCCAGCGCUGAACCCCCACAUUACCAGCGAACACCCAGCGCUGAGCCCCCACAUUACCAGCGAACACCCAGCGCUGAGCCGCCAGUUUACCAGCGUGGCGCUAACAUUGAUCCCCCAGGCUACCCCGGCACUGUCGGGCACGCUCCAGUGUACGGGCACGUCCCUGCUUAUCAUCGGGAUGCCCCGCCUCCUGCCCCGCCUCCUGCCCCGCCUCCUGUCGCACCCCCUGUUCCCUCCCAUAGAGACCUCCAGAGACCCCACUAUGGUUACCCGGACAGCCAGCACCCCUCGCUGAGACCUGGGAAUGCUCCACAGCAGUUAUCCUACAGCAUCGCUCACCCUGUGGAUCCACACUUCGCUCACCCUGUGGAUCCACACUUCGCCUCUUACAAGCACCCACCUGCUCAGGUUCUUGGCCAUGCACCCCAAGCCCCUGCUCAGGUUCCUAGCUACGCACCCCACCACGGCCCACAGGCCUCCAUCCCACCACACAUCCCUGCGGGGCCUGCAGAACCUCAGGGGUACCCUCUUUCCUCCUCCUCUGUGAGGCAUGUGGUGGGCCCGGGAGAGUUCAGGCACCGGCACAGUGCAGACUACCAGAGGAGAGAACCUCAACAGCACAACUAUCAAAGGAGGGAACUUCAGAAAGACCUUCAGCACAGAGAACCACAAAGAGAAGACUACCAGAGGAGGGAGCCUCAACGACAAGAUUAUCAAAGAAGGAAACCUCAACAAGACGAUUACCACUGGAGGGAACCUCAAAGAGAUCUUCAACAGCGAGAACCACAAAGAGAAGACUACCAGAGGAGGGAACCUCAACGAGAACCUCACCGACACAACUAUCAGAGAAGGGAACCUACACAAGUGGACCUCCAGAGAUGGGAACCUCAAAGUGCUGAGACUGAGAGAGAACAUCAGAGGAGGGAUCAUUAUGGGGGAGAACCUCAACGAGGGGAGGACCAUCAGAGAAGAGAAGCCCACAGGGGGGACCAUCAAACAUGGGGACCCCUCAGGGCAGAACCACAGCGGAUGGAGGUCUCAAAGGGGGACUCAAGAGCGGAACCUCAAAGAGCAGAACCCAAAAGAGUCCCAACGACCGAGUUCAAGGAAGGAGAACAUCGGAAAAGGGAAAUCCUGAGAGCAGAGUCCCAUAAAGUGGGGCCUCCUCAUGGAGGACCUCUGAGAGAACCUCUGAGAGAACCUCUGAGAGAACCCCUGAGAGGAGAAUCUGAGGCAGAACCCCAUAGAGGAGAACCAGAGACAAGAGAAAGCCAGAAAGGAGAACCUCACAGAGGGGAACAUCAUAGAGAACCACAAAGAGGGGAACCCCAAAGGGCUGAACCCCAGAGAGAACCUCAGGGAGGAGAACCUCAGAAAGCGGAACAGCACACCGAGGGCCUGCUGCGCAGCAGGAAGGCCGUUCUCCCGUCCGAGAUCCGUCGCCGUGAGCGAAGCAGUGACGAUCCUGCACGUUCCCAUGGAGACGAGCAGGGCAGUCCCAAGAUUGGCCAGUCAGAUGACGUGGAGGGCCAAGGCAGGAGGAGGAGGAUUAGCCAAUCAGAUGACGGAGAAGGACAUGUUAGGAGGAGGAGGAUCAGCCAAUCGGACGAGAGGGAGGCACCCAUAAGGAGGAGACGACCCAGCCAGGAGGACGGAGCCCGCCGUGCGAGGACAAUCAGCCAAUCAGAAGAGGACUGGGAGAUGCGUGACCAACCAUUGGUCAGUCAGGGCAUGACCGAUGAAGCCCUAAUGGACACCACACCCCCUCAACUCCAGCCAGCCAAUGAGGAGGACAGGAGUGUAGCUUCCCCUAUAGGCCCCGCCUCCCCGCCAGAGAGACAGCGGCGGUCCGGAGGGGAGCUCAAGCCCAAGGUCCGCAUGCGCUCCAUGUCUGACAUCGGGGUGACUCAGCGCUCGGCCGUGUUCCGCAGCCUGGAGCGUGCCGCCACCCGCGAGGCUACGGCGGGGCCUGUUGCCAGGGAGAUGGGCGGAGGAGUGGCCAAUGGCGAGGUGGGAGGCCUGGACACCCGGGUGUCCGUAGCGAAGCUGAGACACUCGUACCUGGAGAACGCCUCCGGACGCCGACCCGAGCUUGAUGUGAAGGUGGACCCGUCGGCGGUGGUGGUUGCCGUGGCGAUGGAGGGGGAGGCGCUGACUGCUGAUUGGGAGAGAGGCGCUCGUCGGCCCCGCCGAUACAUCACCCCGGGAGAGGACAGGAAGUCCUCAGAGAGGUUCCACACCCAGCCAAUCACCUCUGCCGAACGGCUGGAGUCCGACCGGUCCCGGUUGAGUCCCAGUCAACUCCAGAAUAAUGAAGGAGAUGAGGAGAAGUUGGAUGAGAGGGCAAAGAUGAGUGUGGCUGCAAAGAGGUCCCUCUUCAGGGAGCUGGAGCGCUCUGCCGAGGGGAUCAUCCCUAAGCCGCGGUCUCGGAAUGCAGCUGUGGAGCGCCGUCUUCGCCGAGCCCUGGAACGCUCGCACACCCAGCCCGUCACCCCACAGGAAGUGGUCAUCGCCACCACGUGCACUGCACCAGCCGUGGCCCUGGUGCCCGUACAGACUACACUUCCCAGAGUCCCCAGCCCUGCUCUAGUCAGCACCACCACCGUACAGACUACACUUCCCAGAGUCCCCAGCCCUGCUCUAGUCAGCACCACCACCAACAGCUUCAGCCUACAAGCUGCUUCUUCAGCUCAUGGUUCGACCUCAAAGGAACGGGAGGAUGGGGCUCCGCCCAGAGAGGUGGGGCCAGGCGAAGAAGAGGCGGGGCCAGACGAGCUUGACCAAUCAAGUCUCAGCCUGGCUGAGAAGAUGGCGCUGUUCAACCAAUUAUCACAGCAGGCUGGGACACGCCCACCGGAGGCCGGGACACGCCCCCAUGACACCAAGGCCCGCCGUGCACAAGCCCGCUCCCAGACACAGCCAAUCACACACGAGGAGGUGCUGAAGGAGCUAGAGCAGGAAGUCCCACCCACUGCUGUCACAGAGCGCAGCCCUGUGACUGACAGCUCUUUAGAGCAACCACAGGGAGAGCAAAUCAAGCUAGAGCCUCUCUCAGCAUCUUUGGUGCGCUCUGUUGCCGUGGCGAGUUCCCAGGCUUCUGUUGCCACGGUGCCCGCCGCAUCCACAGCGACUGCUGGCCCCGCCCACCUGGAGAAGCCACCGCUGCCGCCAUACAGCCCGCCCCCUCAGGUCCCGGCCAAUGAGAGAGUAAGGCUGCCGCCAUACAGCCCGCCCCCUCAGGUCCCGGCCAAUGAGAGACCCUAUGAGAGGGGAGGAGUCCGAUACUUCAGUCUGUCUGACAGCACUGACCGCCAAUCCCCACCACCCUCAGACCACACCCACCAAUCAGGGCCCAGCAGAGGCGGGCAGCCCCAGCCCUCGGCCAAUGGGCAGUGGUGGGGCGGAGCCAGGGAGGAGGGAGCAUGGAGGUCCAAGCAGCCACUGCUGGAGGGAGAGGAGCCGGGCACACACACACACACUCGUCCCGUUCCUCACACACAUGAACACACACACACACGCACACACCCUGCCACUCUGACAGCCAGUAAGACCGAGCAGGAGCUGCAGGUCCAGAGGGAGAGAGAGAGGGAGGAAGAGAGGGAGAGGGAGAGAGAGAGGGAGAGAGAGUGGGAGAGGCAGAGAGGCCUGGACAGAGAGAAAGAGCGAGAGAGGGAGCUACAGAGGGAGGCUAGAGAACGAGAGAGGGAGCGAGAGAGGGAGAGGGAGCGAGAGAGGGAGAAGGAGAAAGAGAGAGAACAAGAGCUUGCCAGAGAGAGGGAGAGGGAGAGAGAGAAAGAACAGGAGCGAGCGAGGGAGAGAGAGAGAGAAAAAGAACAGGAGCGAGCAAGGGAGAGAGAGAGAGAAAAAGAACAGGAGCGAGCGAGGGAGAGAGAGAGAGAAAAAGAACGUGAACAGGAGAAGGAGUGGUUGAGGGAGAGCACCGCAGUGUCAGAGCCGCAGACACACACACGCUCACCCCCUCACGCACACACACACACUCUCACAGCCCAGCACAAGGACCGAGAACCCAGCGACAGACACACUGGAUCAGAUGUGCUCCAUCCGAGCCCUUCAGGGAGGCCAGUGGUACAAGCAGCUCCUUACCUGCAGCAAGGCCCGGCGUUCACACCCCCCGCUCAGACAUACACACACCCCUACACGCCUGCCUCACCCCCUGCUCAACCGUACACACACCCCUACACACCUGCCUCACCUCCCGCUCAGCUCUACACACACACACAGCCGCAAGCCCAGCCGUACCUACACGGGCAACCUUACGCACAGGCACACACACACUCACAGCCCCAGAGUCAGCCUUAUAUAGAGACACAGCCCAAACCUACAGCCCCCCCCCACACGCACGGCCCUCCACAGCCCAAACCACAGACCUACCUACAGGCGCAGUCCCUACCUUACAGCCCACCCCCACCGCCACACACACACACACUCACUCCGCCGUAUGGACACACACACACCCCCGUGAGGCAGUCGUACGGAACGGCCCAGGCCACCCCUCUUACUCCCCCUUACUCACCGCCUCAGACGCAGGCACCCCCACCCCCCUACCCCAAACCUCAAGCUCCGCCAUACUCACUACUGCCCCAGCCCCAGCCUCAACUGCCCCCACCCCAGACUCAACUGCCCCCACCUCAGAGUCAGCCCCCUCCGCCUACCUACCCAAAACCACAGGCCCCACAGUACGCCCAACUGCCCCCAGCCCAGACCCAGCCCCCACCCCCCACCUACCCCAAACCUGCCCCCCCUGUUGGCUAUCCUCAACAGCCCCCAGCCCAGCCUGCAGUUGCCCCCAAGCAGCCCCCGGUGCCCCAGCCCAAGCCCCAGUCCUACGUCCUGCCACCCCCCGAGGGCCUCCAGGGUGCCCCAGGGCCCCCCGCCGCAGCGCAGCCCAGCCAGGUGAGCCCCACGCAGGGCAGGAUCGCCGCCACACAGCCCCCUCUCCCCGCCGGCUCCAGGGAGACACAGCCAGAGUCUGCUGAAGACAUGAGCUCCUUAUCCAUCAAGGAGAGGUUGGCUCUCCUGAAGAAGAGUGGUGAGGAGGAUUGGAAGAACAGAAUCAAUAAGAAACAGGAAGUUGCUCAGGAAGUGGUAUCUGCUAGCGACAGCAAUGCCCAAAUAUGGCAGGAGCAAGACUCCAGGAAGAAGGAAGAGAGGGCUGUUGUGGAGGAGUUGACUUCCUCUGAGCAGUUCUGGGCUGCAGGAGAUGAGGGGGAGGGGCAGAUGUCCAUUGAGGAGAGGAAGCAGAUGAUCUCUACACGGGAGGAGGCGUGGCAAAGCACGGGCAGGGGUGUGGCCAAUGACUCCAGCCAAUACACAGUGGCCGGACGUAUGGUGAAGAAAGGUCUGGCUACAUCCUCCAUCAUCAGCCCCAUCUUGUCUCCUGUCUCGACCAAACUCAAAGGCACCAGCCCUGCUGUUGGCAAACCCCAAGAUGAGCUUGAGGCUCGGCCUGAGAUGGAGUCUGAUAAGAAGUUGGACAAGUUGGAGGCCUUCAUUGGACGCAUCAACAGCAAAGUGUCAGAGCUCCAGGAGACGACCCUGACUGUCACGGAGCGAGCUGUAAAGGAAGUGAUGCGUCUGGAUGAUGAGGUCUUCUCCAAGUUCUACCGCCACGUGACCGAGCUGCCGCGCUCACCGGGACGCAUUCGCAUCGACGAUGAUUUUGAUGCCAUCUUUGGCAAGCAGACACCAAAGCUGGCGUCGGCGAUGGUGCAGCACAAGCGUGCGGUGCGUCCGGCCCGGAACGUCCAGGCGUCCCGGAACCCCCUGAGGAUGCUGGCGGCGCGGCAGGACAUUCGCCACGAGUACACCGAGCAGCGCCUCAACAUCGGGCAGCUGGAGAGCAAGAGGAUGAAGCACAAGACGGUCAGCAUGAGUAUGAGUAAGAGCUGUAGCCCGUUGGACGCAGCGCUAGCUGGACUGGCCACGGUCAGCAUGAGCAUGAGUAAGAGCUGCAGCCUAUCGGACGCGGCGCUGGCUGGACUGGCCAGUAAGGAGAACUUCAGCAGCGUCAGCCUCCGCAGCGCCUCCGUCUCCGAGCAGCUCACCAACAACAGCGCCGCCCCCUACAGGAGGAUCAUGCUCAUGCAGGUCAAAGGGCGGCGCCAUGUGCAGACACGUCUGGUGGAGCCGCGUCGGUCGUCUCUGAACAGCGGAGACUGCUUCCUGCUCGUGACCCCUGAACUCUGCUGCGUCUGGAUCGGAGAAUUCUCCAACGUUAUCGAGAGAGCCAAGGUGUCAGAGCUGGCCAGCUUCAUCCAAACCAACCAUGACCUUGGUUGCCGAGCAACUGAGGUCGUGACCCUUGAGGAGGGGGUCAAUGCCCAGGGCGCAGUUGCUACGGAGUUCUGGAAGGUUCUGGGAGGAUUGGCCCCUUACCAGUCUGCGGGCCCUGCCGAGGAGGAUGAGCUCUUUGAGAGUGCCAUCGUGGAGACCAACUGCAUCUUCAGGCUAGUGGAGGACCGACUGCUGCCUGACGACGACUACUGGGGCAGAGUUCCUCGCUGUGCCCUGCUGGACUCCAAAGAGGUGCUGGUGUUUGACUUUGGCAGUGAGGUGUACGUGUGGCACGGGCGCGAGGUGACUCUGGCUCAGCGGAAGGUGGCGUUCCAGCUGGCUAAACACCUGUGGAACGGAACCUUCGACUACACCAACUGUGACAUCAACCCCCUCGACCCUGGGGGCUGCAACAAACUCAUCCCCAGGAAGGGUCAGGGCCGGCCUGACUGGGCGAUUUUCGGCCGCCUGACGGAACACAAUGAGACGACUCUGUUCAAGGAGAAGUUCCAGGACUGGAGGGAAACACACAGGGCCUCCCCUAAACCAGACCAGGACCAGCCAAGCCCAGACCAGGUGUGUGUGGUGGGCAGUAAGGAGGCGGCUGUGGUGGAGGCGAGUGCGUAUGACGUGCGUCUGAUGCUGCCUCUGCUGCAGAGCCCUGUCAGCACGCGUCUGGAGGGGCAGGACAUCGGCCGCGGACACGGCCGCGUACAGGGGGGCGAGGAGGAUGGGUUGCGUACUCUAGAGGUGAACACCACGAGUGUGGAGGCCUGGCACAUCCUGGAGUUCGACUACAGCCGCCUGCCCCGCCAGAGCGUGGGCCAGUUCCACGAGGGGGACGCAUACGUGGUCAAGUGGAAGUACAUGGUCAGCGCCGCAGUGGGCAGUCGUCAGCGUCCUGAUCAGGUGCGCAGCGCCCCCGCUGGCCGUGAGAAGUGUUGCUACUUCUUCUGGCAGGGCCGCCACUCCUCCGUCAGCGAGAAGGGAACCUCGGCUCUGAUGACAGUAGAACUGGACGAGGAGAGAGGAGCACAGGUCCAAGUGCAGCAGGGUAAGGAGCCUCCAUGUUUCCUGCAGUGCUUCAACGGAGGGAUGGUGGUGCAUGCUGGGAAACGAGAGGAAGAGGAAGAGAACAUCCAGAAUGAGUGGCGGCUGUACUGCGUGCGUGGUGAGGUGCCGGUGGAGGGCCACCUGCUGGAGGUGGCGUGUCACUGCAGCUCCCUGCGGUCGCGCUCCUCCGUGGUGCUGCUGGGGGUGCAGCAAUCCCUCAUCUACCUGUGGCACGGAUGCAAGGCCCAGACACACACACGCGCCGUCGCUCGCACUGCUGCUGAACGCAUCAAAGAGCAGCGACCACUGGAGGCGGGGCUUCAUAGCAGUUGUCAGGUAACCAUCCACGAGUGUGAGGAGGGCGAGGAGCCUCUGGGCUUCUGGGAGGCGCUUGGACGCAAGGACCGCAAGGCUUAUGACUGCAUGCUACAAGACCCAGGGAAGUUUGACUUCACUCCGCGGCUGUUCCAUCUGAGCAGCUCAUCGGGGGAGUUUGUGGCGCAUGAGCUCUUCCACGCAUCCCAGGCGCCCGACCUCGUCAGCUCCCAGCCCUUCCUGCAGGAGGACCUGUACUCCGUCACACAGCCUGCUCUGUUCCUGGUGGAUAACUUCCAUGAGGUGUACCUGUGGCAGGGCUGGUGGCCGCAGGACUCAGAGAGCCCUGGCUCCGCCCACAUCCGCUGGGAUGCAGACAGGAAGUGCGCCAUGGAAACCGUGCUGCAGUACUGCCGAGCUAAGAAUGAGAAGGCGCCCCCUAAGGCCUAUCUGAUCCAUGCUGGUCUGGAGCCACUCACAUUCACCAACAUGUUCCCCAGCUGGGAGCACCGCCAGGACAUCGCCGACAUCACAGAGAAGGAGGCGGAGGUGUGUAAUCAGAUCAUCCUGGUGGAGGAUGUCCUUGCCCGCCUGUGCCAGAACAUCUACCCUCUCUCUGCCCUGAAGACACGCCCCCUGCCCCAGGGCGUCGACCCCCUGCGCCUGGAGAUCUACCUAUCAGAGGAGGACUUUGAGGAGGCUCUGGAUAUGAAGAGGGAGGAGUUUGAAGCUCUGCCAGGCUGGAAACAGGUCAACUUGAAGAAAGCCAAAGGACUCUUUUAGCAACCUGGCAACAAUUGCCGUGGAGAUGUGACUGUCAAGCACUGGGCGGGGCCUGAGGCUGAUGAUGCCCAGAUGCCCCGCCCACCCAUCAUGAUGACUUCCUGUCCCAAUGCCAAGCGAGUUUGAGGCACAUGCACGCACAUGUACAGCAAGCAGUUCCGGUGAAGGCCACAGCAGGCAGGGCAGCUGCUCCUGCACUUAUUUACUAUAGAUCUGACAGAGUGGGUGACUGAGGGAGAGAGUGUGUGUGUGUGUGUGUGUGUGUGUGAUUGUGUGUGUGUGUGUGUGUGUGUGUGUGUGUCUGAGUGACCUUGAUUUGUGCUUGGCUCAGCUUCUGUGUGCUACUUGGAGUGAAAGUCGCAGUUGAAACACGCUUGUAACCAUCACACAUAUUUAUGCAGCCUGAUCACACUGACCUCAGGGCAACCCUGUAUAGCUGCCUGCACACCUAGGGGUUAUUUUCCAACCUGGCAACCCUGUAAAGCUGCCUGCACACCUAGGGGUUAUUUUCCAACCUGGCAACCCUGUACAGCUGCCUGCACACCUAGGGGUUAUUUUCCAACCUGGCAACCCUGUACAGCUGGCUGCACACCUAGGGGUUAUUUUCCAACCUGGCAACCCUGUACAGCUGCCUGCACACCUAGGGGGCUGUGUUGCCAACCUGGCAACCCUGUAGCACUGGUUGCAGCCCCUGAGGGAAGUGUACUUUUUUCAACUUGCCAACCCUGUAGCCAUGACUGCAGCCAUUGAGGGUGGUGUAUUUUUUCAACCUGGCAACCCUGUAGCACUGGUUGCAGCCCUCAAAGGAUUGUGUUUUUCAAACCUGACAACCCUGCAGUCCUUAACCAACCAGCGUACAGCUCUCUGUGUGUUAACCAAUCACAAUCAAAUGACGUCUAGAGUUUUGUGUGUAUUCACCAAUCACCACUGGAUGCAGUCUACAGUUCUGUGUGAAUUAACCAGUCACAUUUGAAGAGAGCCUCCUUGCAAGGUUCACGACGCGUGAUGAGGCUCCGGUCUCCACCCUGCUGGAAUGGACGUUGUGGCGCGUAGAAGCCCCUCCCACCCGGGGUCAGAGGUCAUGAACUCUGCCCCCUCUGACGCUGACCGCAGUGCUGAGGUCACAUCCUGUGUGUUUGUGUCCGAGGUCACUAUGGUGCUGGAGUGUAACUGUGUAAUAAAAGUAGAGGUGUUCAAGUGUGUUCGCCAGCUAGAGGUGUUCAAGUGUGUCCGCCAACGCGCCGGCCAACCUGCACUACCAACGCUGGGGAUCCUCUCCCUACUUUACUUUACUUUACUUUACUUUACUUUACUUUACUUUACUUUACUUUACUUUACUUUACUUUACUUUACUUUACUUUACCUUCUCUGUCUCCAGACCAGUUUACAUGCAAGUGUGUGUGUGUCCAUGCAAGUGUGUGUCCUUUUGGUUGUGCACCUCAGCACCAGCUCUCCACGCCGAGGCCCCUGGCGGUGGUGGUGUUGUGUGUGUUUUGGGUGGAGGAGGGUGUUGUGAGUGUUUUGGGUGGAGGAGGAUGUUGUGAGUGUUUUGGGUGGAGGAGGGUGUUGUGAGUGUGUUGGGUGGAGGAGGGUGUUGUGAGUGUUUUGGGUGGAGGAGGGUGUAGGUGUGGAGUGUUUUGGGUGGAGGUAAGAUGCCCUGUAUAGUGCCUUGCUCCAUGUACAGUUUAUAUACAGAAACGCUCCUCUAGUCUAAGUCUGCACUUCUGAGACUUUCUUUGUGAUAAAAUAGUGAUGAAAUAAAAGAAUAAAUAAAGGAGGCAGUUUCAAACUUCUAA